AUGGGUGCAGUCUGCUGUAGGCCCCAGCCUAUCGACUUUGAUGGCGAAGUCAAUCUCUUCCACUUCAUGCUCCUCAGAUGUGUCGGCAAGGGGGCCUUUGGCAAAGUCAGGGUUGUCCAGCACAAACAGACCCGCGACCUCUACGCCCUCAAGUACAUCAACAAGGCCAAGUGUGUAAAGAUGAAAGCUGUCCCAAACGUAGUCCAGGAGCGCCGUCUUUUGGAAGAGGUCGAUCACCCCUUCAUUGUCAAUUUGCGGUAUGCCUUUCAAGACGACGAAAAUUGUUUCUUUGUUCUAGAUCUGAUGCUGGGCGGUGACCUUCGUUUUCACCUUGAGCGGCUGGGACAUAUGCCCGAAGAUACCGUCCGCUUUUAUAUGGCCCAACUUUCUUCAGCUCUGGCUUAUUUACACGAGAUGGGAAUAAUGCAUCGGGACCUUAAACCUGACAAUAUUCUUCUUGACGAACGCGGAAACGCCCAUUUAACCGAUUUUAACAUAGCAGUUCAUUUUGGUGAACGCAAACUUACAGGUGUCGCAGGAUCUAUGGCAUAUAUGGCUCCAGAGAUCCUCAUGAAGCGAGGCUACACAUACUGCAUCGAUUGGUGGUCACUAGGCGUUUGUGCCUACGAGCUUAUCUUUGGUCGACGGCCGUUUAGAGGCAGGUCCAAUAGCGACCUGACAUACAGCAUCUCGCGAGACCCCUUAAAAUGGCCAGAGGAUGCUGACAAGAAGUGCAGUCGGCACGGAAUUCAAGUGUUGAAAGGGCUUCUGGAACGGGAUCCAACCAAGCGUUUCGGUUGCAAACCAAACGGGGAGGGAUUCCAAGAAUUGCGUCGCCACCCAUGGUUUAAACCUAUUGACUGGGAUACUCUAGAAAGCAAAGAACAGACGCCUCCUUUCACCCCCGACGCUAAGAAAGCUAAUUUCGAUGCAUCUCAUGAGCUCGAAGAGUUGCUGCUAGAGGAUAACCCUCUGAAAGCAAAGGCGCGUAAAGCCAACCAGGAAAAUUUAAGCGCGGAAAUGAAACAAAUGGAAGAACAAUUCACUUCGUAUGAUUUCAAGAAAAUGCAGCGUCGAUCCUAUUACCCUCACAAUCAGCACCUUAUAUCCACAGCCACAGCGACAUCGUCAGGUCUAGCAUCGUCACGACCGGGCACCCCUGCCAAUGAUCUUCGAGUGGAAAACAGCGGGCUGCGUGUUGAAGGCGAGGGAAACGGUAUCAUGUAUACCAGUAAUGGCAAUAGCCUGGAGAUAAACGCAGGCGACGACAUCAUGAUGAAAGAAAAGGACACCCUUCGAGUAGACAGGAUGCACGAGAAGGAUUACUCAUAG